AAAUAACACAUUACCCUAAAAACAGUGCACAAAUCUGCGCCGCAACCCACAAAUGUGUUUAAUUGAUGUGUAUGGUGAAAUUGGGAAGAGUCACGUCUCCUUGUGCGGUGCGUCAUGCGCACUUCGUCCUUUCGUUUUGGGUACGUUUGGUCAGUUUGUGGCAGCGCUGUGUGUGGGAGAGAGGAGGCAGGAGAUAGCUGCUACCACCCUCAUUUCUCCACUGAGCCCUCAUGAGUGUGGAGGGAGAGGGACUGCAUGGGAACCGCUUGGCUGCGCAAUGGACUGAUGUGGACUCAUGGAUCGGCACUUCUUAUGAGAAUCAUGCGGACGUAGCGGAGUUUGGGCACUUGUGCGCAGUUGGACUCUUUAGUUAUAGUGCUAGAAAGCUUGCUAUGGAGCACGCCGUGAGUCAAAAUGAAUUUGAGCAUUGACGAUGUAACAAAGUUUUGGAAAAAUGGUUCCUCGGACCUCGAAUGGGAGUCUGUGCAGGUCAACUCCACCAACAGCUCCGGUAGGAACCACACCGGACCAGGCGAGCUGGACCUCACGCGCGCUGCCCUGCUCGGCGUGGUGCUGGGGGCUUUCAUCGUGUUUGCCAUCGUGGGCAACAUCCUCGUCAUUUUGUCUGUGGUGUGCAACAGGCACCUGCGGACCCCCACCAACUACUUCAUCCUCAACCUGGCCAUGGCCGACCUGCUGCUGGGUACCACGGUGCUGCCGGUUUCGGCCACCCUGGAGAUCUUGGACUACUGGGUUUUCGGCCGGAUCUUCUGCGACAUCUGGGCCGCGCUGGACGUCUUGUGCUGCACGGCGUCCAUCAUGAGCCUGUGCGUAAUAUCCAUCGACCGCUACAUCGGAGUGAGCCACCCGCUGCAGUACCCGGGCAUAGUGACGGAGAAGCGGGCUCUGCUGGCCAUGCUCGGGGUCUGGGUGCUGUCGGUGGUCAUCUCCAUCGGACCUCUUUUCGGCUGGAAGCAGCCGCCGGCGCCGGACGACACGGUGUGCCUCAUCACAGAGGAGCCGUUUUACGCGCUCUUCUCCUCACUCGGCUCCUUCUACAUCCCGCUCGCCGUCAUCCUGGCCAUGUACUGCCGCGUCUACAUCGUGGCCAAGAGGACCACCAAGAACCUGGAGGCGGGCGUGAUGCGGGAGAGGAUGAACACCAGCGAGCUGACCCUCAGGAUCCACAAGGGCUCUCAGGUGCAUGAGGACCCCGGCGCACCGGGCACCGGCAAAGGCCGUGCGCACCAGGCCAGGAGUUCCCUCACGGUGAAGCUUCUGAAGUUUUCCCGGGAGAAAAAGGCAGCUAAAACUUUGGGAGUUGUGGUGGGAAUGUUCGUCCUGUGCUGGCUGCCUUUCUUCCUGGCCUUACCUAUAGGCUCUUUCAACGUGCACCUGAGGCCACCUGAGACCCUCUUCAAAGUCAUCUUCUGGCUCGGCUACUUCAACAGCUGCCUGAAUCCCAUCAUCUACCCCUGCUACAGCCGCGAGUUCAAGCUGGCCUUCAUCCGGAUCCUGAGGUGCCACUGCCACCACCAGAAACGGCCCAGCUGGAGAGCCUACAACUACCGCUCCUCCACCUUCCGCUCCUCCGGAAACUCACGGAAAAGCUCCGCGGAUCACACCUGCGGCUGGCUGAACGGGAGCCAGCGCACCCUGCCGUCCUCCGCCAGCCCCAGCCCCAGCUACCUGAACAAGGGCCUCCCUCCGUGCCCAGAAGGGGAAACUUUGUACAUUUGGGGAGCCACUGCUUCGGCCCCCUCCACACCCAACCUGCUGCCCGGCAGCCCCUCCGACUGCCAGCAAGGAUGCCUGAGAGAGGGGAAGUCGGCUGAGGGGAAACCAGCUGAGGGGACCUGCGGCGGAGUGUUUUCUUUCUCCUUUGGGAACAUUAAGGACAAACGAGGGCUCAACAGGGACAUCAUCACGCCCGAUGACAAGGUGUGACUGCAGGCGGCUUCUGAUUCGUGGCGUGUAGGGAGCGCAGGUUUCACAGGUUCCACUGUACACAAACGUGUGUGACGAUUCAUCAGUCACUGGCAUGUCUUCAGUGAUCCGUGUGAGGUGCAGAUCUGUUCAUUUACUCUUCGUUUCUGUGUUUGCAACUCAUAAAAGGUUCCUCUCAGUGAACAGUGACGACUAAAAGACAAUCAAACUUACCCGUUUGCUGCCCCCUAUGGAUCAGAAAGAGACCUGCAUGUUUUUUAGCUGUACUUUGGAGGAACCUGAAGAAGAAACUAAAGUCACUCCACUUAGCUUAGACCCUUUUGUGUAAAAUGACUGAAUGUGAUUUAACAAAAUGGCCGGCCUCUUGUAAAACAAAGCGUGCCUGGGGGGGCUGGGGUGACCUCGCUGUUGCAGUUGUCUGAUAUCCUUGUGGCAUUUUGUGAGAAUAAAGUAUUAUCUGUAUUUUUCUGCUGUGCGCACAAUCUUCAGAUAUAUUGUGUGUGUUUGUAGAGAUGUGAUGGAAAAAUAAAAUAUAAAACUCCAAUA